CACAACCUCCUCAUCCUCAUCCACUUUCUCUGCGUACACAAUCUCUCCAAUCCGACGCUCAACAUUCCAUUUGAAAUUUCUUCUCCCUGCAUGCCCUGAAGAUUACUCUAGGCUUGCAGCUGAGAAUACAUAAUGAAGGCUGCUCAGAAUCUAAAGGUGAACCGUAAUCAGAACCUUAAGGCAAAGGGUGGUCAGAACCUUCAAAACACUGGCCAGUCUCGUGACAGUGGCAGCAAAGCUACCAAAAAAGCUCCAGCAAAAUAUGUUGCCCCUGGCUCACUUGGGAGGAAGGUUCAAAAUCGACCAUCGGCUUUCUCCACCUUAACAUCAUCUUCAGAUGUGUCUUCCACAUCUCUUCCCAUCCCACAAACAACACCUAAAAGUGCUUCUCAAAGGGUAAGAGAGCCC